CGGGGUUGUUGUAUUGUUGCCACGGAACUUGUGAAGUGGGCUUUAAAUUUUUACGCAUAUCUUGUUGCAUUGAAAACAUUUAUAUAUUUACGUGUUAAAUUUGCCUGUUAGGUAACCGGACAUCGAGAUGCCACCUAAAAAACGGAGCUCUGGAACGACACAAAACAAGGAGAUGAAGUCUGGAACUGAAAUUGCUUCACCGGACAAGAAGGAGAGUCCAGAGUUAUCCGUUAAAAAACACAGAGACAAGGAUACAGAGUUUUUAACCCUGUGUAAAGGUCUUCAUGUGACAGACAUGGUAUGUGACCAGGCUUGGAAGCUAUGGAAAACAGUUCAAGACUCCAUGGAUCAAGCUACCGGUGAUCAGAAAAGGCUGUGGGGGGCUUGUCUGUUUGUGUCAGCGACAGACAUGGAUGUCCCCUGUUUUACUGUAACCCAGGUCCUGAAAGCUGUCAGUAUGAAUUUAAAACAGUUUGUGGCUCUUGUGAGGAAGUUGGAUGUCAACUUGGACACCAUUAGCACCAAGGUGAAUUCAGUUCUGACACGACUGGAGAAUAAAUAUGAUGUGACAUUGGCUCUCUACCAGAGGUUUGAGAAAACAUGCAAGAAAAUCUUUGCUUUGGUUUCGGAUGAAAAGGAGAGGGAGACCAUGCGGAGCUGCUGGACGAUGUUUCUUCUGGCCAAAGGAAGGGCCUUACAGAUGGAAGAUGACUUGGUCAUAUCAUUCCAGCUGUUACUUUGUUCUCUGGAGCUGUUUAUCAAACGCUGUCCUCCUGACCUCCUGCAGCCUCUUUACAAAUCAGCUAUCAGCAAAGUUCAGAGCCCCCCGACACGCACGUCACGUCGCAACCAGAGCAAAGCCAGAUCCAGACCUGCAGAACCAGAGAUGGAUCUGCAGCUUCUCAAAACCUUGUGUGAUGAAAAUGAAUGCAACACAGAGGAGGUGAAGAAUGUAUACCAGACCAGUUUCUCAGCCUUCCUGGACUCACUAGAUCAAUCAAAAUCUCCAGAUUUUCCUCAGGUUUCUGACCUAAACCAACAAUAUGAAGAGCACUACCUCAAGAGCAGAGACAUCGAUGGGCGGCUGUUCUUCGACAGGGACGAGACUGUUCUCAUGCCUAAAGUCGAAAUAUCACAGGUGGAGAGAACACCAAAGAAGAACCUUCCUGAUGAAGAGGCUGUAAUGAUCCCUCCCCAGACUCCAAUCAGAGCUGCCAUGACUUCCAUUCAGCAGCUGAGAGGGGACCUCACCUCUAGUGGAGACCAACCGUCCACUAACCUGGCUACAUACUUUAAAAAUUGCACUGUGGACCCGACCCAAGAUGUGUUGAAGCGUUUGGAGACACUCGGUCUGGCAUUCAGCCAGAGGUUCGGUCAGGCAGUCGGCCCGCGCUGUGUCCUACUCGGCAGACAGAGAUUUACCCUGGGUGUCAGGCUGUAUUACAAAAUCAUGGAAGCAAUGUUAAAAUCGGAGGAGAAAAGACUGUCAGUGCAAAAUUUUAGUAAUCUCCUCAAUGACUCCACAUUUCAUACCUCACUUCUUGCCUGUGCUUUGGAGGUUGUAAUGGCAACAUAUGGAGAGAGCAGUUUUAGGACAGGAGGCUACAACCAUGGUGGUGGUGACGUGGCCGAAACAGACGUGUGUUUCCCCUGGAUACUGGAUGUGGUCAACCUCUCUGCCUUUGACUUUUACAAAGUUAUCGAGAGCUUCAUCAAAGCUGACCCCACACUGAGCAAAGAUAUCGUCAAGCAUCUGGAGACCUGCGAGAACCUAAUCAUGGAGAGGAUUGCAUGGAGGACGGGCUCCCCACUUUUUGAGUUACUGAAACAGGAGCAUGAGGGCGGAGCAGCAGAGCAGGUAGAAACCCCUGCAAGCUUUAGCCAACCUCUGCAGCACAACCACACUGCAGCUGACCUAUAUCUGUCCCCCAUGCGCCCAGGCCUUCGAGUUCUGCCUCCUGAGUCUCCGGCCACACCCAGCUCUCAGGCAUCCUCUCAGCCUCCAACGCAGUCUGGAGGCCAGGUUCCAAGACUCCCAAAGUCUAACUCACUCAGCCUCUUUUAUAAAAAAUUGUAUCGUCUGGCCUACUUAAGGCUGAAGAUGCUUUGUUCCUACCUGCUGUCCUCCCACCCUGAACUGGAGCCCAUCAUAUGGACCCUGUUUCAGCACACACUGCAGCACGAGCACGAGCUGAUGAGAGACCGUCACCUUGACCAGCUGAUGAUGUCCGCCAUGUACGCCAUAUGUAAAGUGAAGAGUGUUGAUCUUCGCUUCAAAACCAUUGUCACAGCGUAUAAGAACAUGCCCAACACCAGCCAGGAGACCUUUAAGCAUGUGUUGAUCUCUGAGGGCCACUAUGACUCCAUCAUCGUCUUCUACAACCAAGUGUUUAUGCAGAAGCUGAAAACCAACAUCCUGCAGUAUGCAUCUACCAGGCCGCCCACUCUAUCCCCAAUCCCACAAAUACCUCGCAGCCCCUACAAGUUCCCAAACUCUCCUCUGCGUGUGCCUGGAAGCAAUAACGUGUACAUCUCUCCUUUGAAGAGCUCCCGCAUGUCUCCUGGUAUCAUGACUCCUCGCUCCAGAAUGCUGGUAUCAAUCGGUGAAUCUUUUGGGCUGUCCAAUCGUUUCCAGAAGAUCAACCAGAUGGUAAACAGCAGUGAUCGCUCCUUCAAGAGGACCCUGGACCUCGGCUCCACUCCUAAACCACUGAAGAGGUUACGCUUUGACGUGGAUGGACAAGAUGAAGCUGACGGCAGUAAAUCUGGAGGAGAUUCUACUCUGAUCCAGAAGCUUGCAGAAAUGAGCUCCACUCGCAGCCGCAUGCAGGAGCAGAAGAUGAAGGAAGACGCAGAAUCAAGGAAGGAAUGACUCUAAAAUCUACUGAGCUGACCUGCACUGUUUGUCACAACAUGAAACUUGAGUUUCUCUGUACAUUUAGAGUUGGAGUUUAGUUAGUAUUUAACUUUGAGGAGUAAUAUGUGAAUAUAGAGGACUUUCUCCUCUUCUUUGUUCAUGCUUUAACUAUUUUAACUGAAUAAUGACUGUCAGUGAAUUUCAUUUAAAUAUCUACUUCUUUAAGGUUGAGUUUUGGUUUUAGGAGUGCUAUUAACUUUGUGGGUGUUUUAAGUUUUUUUGUAAUACUUCAGAGACAUUUCUCGAUAGGAACAAAAAUCGGUUCAGUCUCUGUGCCAUCAGGACCUUUUACAUGUUUCUCAUCAUGAGGCAGCAUUUCUAGUGUUAAAUCAUGAUUGCUUCCCUCCGAGAGGAUCAGCUGUCAUUAUCAGAGGGAAAUUGUUCUGACUUUUGAUGCAGUGAUUGAACUUUACAGUGAUAAUCUGCUGGAGAAUUUGCAAUGCUUCCAAGGAGUGUGCCAUGAGGUGUGAGCCAUAACACGAUCAAACGUUAGUAGAAAAAGAGACACUGCAUGAUUUACACCCAGCUUUAAUUAGUGUUUUUCUGUUAGACUCCCUUUAUAGGUAAUGCAUUUAGCCAGUGUAUUAUUUAACAGUAACUUUGGUUUGUUUUAAAGUUAAAAAAGUGUCCUAUAUAAAUGUGAACACCACCUUAUAUAUUUCAACCCUUGUUUUUAGAUUUUCAGGCAUGUCAUUCUACAAAGUGUUAGUUAAGUGUUAAAGUUAAUUUUUUAAAGCAAUUUGGAAGACUUGGAGGAAAAAAAAAGAAAAAUUACAGCAGCAAAAAGUAUCAUUUAAAGCAAUUCAUAUGUGGACUUGACACAAGGUAAUUUACAAUGGGAAAAACAUGCUAGAACUGUUAAUUAUCAGAGUUUUUAAAUUAAAAUGUGUUUAUAUUGUACUUUAUUGACAUAGUUCCUUUGAAAUGAAGUAAAUAUUCCUGUUUUUUAUUUAAAAAUAUUGUUUUGGUACUUCUUUGCAUAGAUUUGACUACAUACAGCUCAAUUCAUUUUGCUUCUCAGUCAUCAUUCCUCAAAACAUGUUUAGUGAUUAACAAGCUAAUAGACUGAAGAUUAGAGUCUUAGUUAUGGAUUAUACAGGUUUUUUAUUUCAGAGGAUUUUUUGCAGGUCUUUUUAGUUUGUUUUUUUGUGUGUUUUGUUUUUCCUUAUGCAGGUUUUUGGGACAAGAUGAAUUUAUAACAUUGUUAAGCUUGGAGAAAAAUAGAUUUUUGUAUUGGUUAUGAAACUUAAACAAGACAAGAAAUGGAGUUCCUCUUUCUCAGGAAUUGCAUGCCUCAAAUGUUCCCUCUUGUAAUAAACCUUUGGCCUGCAGCCCUGUUUCCGAGAAGCAUCGCUCCUUAGAUUAUCAUAACAUCUAUUUCUGGAAUCUUCAGGCUAUGUUUGAUGGUCAUAGACUUAAAGAAUUUUUCACUGGGCCCAAAUACAUGGCAGAAUAUUUUAGUGAUCAAAACAAACAAAUAAAAAUGAGAUGUUGGAAAAAGA